UCCAACUCGUCAACUCGAACGCCAAGUUCUCCAAUCUCCACGCCCCCCAGCCGCUGGUCGAUGCAAGAUCAAGACUCCCCCCCGUCCCCCGUCUCGGCUACUCCGGUGCUGGCAGUGGCAGACAUCUGUUCACCUUCGCCUUCGCAACCGGUACGGCCUCCUCACCGCCUAUCCUGCCGCAUGGACCAAGACGGAAGCCGUGCUGCCAGCGGAGAAGGGCCACCGGCGGCGGCAGCCGGGCCAACCCCUUCAUCUCGCUCUCCUCCGUCGCCCGGCAUUGAGGCUUUGGCCGCAGAAGCUUUGGCUUUUGAUGGACAAAGCAAUGAGGAGUCAAUUGAUGUCAAAGUGGAGAAAGCUCUGGAGUGUCCAUGUUUAGAUGACUUGAAAAGAGGUCCUUGUGGAAGCCAAUUUAUUGAUGCAUUUUCAUGCUAUCUCAAGAGUACCAAAGAAGAGAAGGGAUCAGACUGUGUCGACCCCUUCAUUGCCUUACAGAACUGCAUUGGAGAAAACAAAGAGGCGUUCAUCAAGGAAAUUCUAGAAGAAGAGGAAAAUGAUGAAGCUGAGAAGUCUAACCUCAAAGUUCUGCCUCCAGCAUGGUCCAGAGAACCAAAAUCAAAGACACGAGGUCGUUCGAAAUAAGAGGGGUACUCUAAGCGAAGUGACAUUCCCAUAGUCUGAGAUACUUUUCGCCACAGUUCUUCUGCAGUUCUCCAAUUUGGUCAGUUUCAGGGAAACCGGAGCAAGUGAUCUCGUAUCAUACACGGAAAGAAAUAGGAGCAGACGUAGCCAAAAUAUUACACGCGUCAAAUAUAAUGACAUAUUGUAUUACGUCGGAAUCAUUGUCUGGCAAUUAUAGAUUACGCUGAUGGAUUGUAUCAACUGAAGACCAGAUGAAAAUGUUGCUCCUUGAGACAACGGACCUUUUAUUGAACAAGCAGAUUCCUAAGGUUGUGGUUUUAUCA